UAAAGGAAGAAUGACAUUAAGUGAGGUUAUGGAAAUAUCCUUUAAUGUUACUUUUACGUUGUUUAGUUUAAAAUUCCUAAUCCAAAGAAAAAAUGCAACCAGAAAGCCUGAUGGAAUCGUGCAGGUUUUAUCUAAAUAUUAUAAGUGACAUAAAGAGCCAAGUAAAAAAAGAACUCGUAAAGGACGUUCCAGAAUUUGUUUUACCAAACGUGGAAAAAUAUAAGAGUGCCGAGUCUUAUAUUAAAACUGAAGAGAUUGAAAUAAAACUGGAAGAAGAUAGUCAGGAUGUAUGGAAAAAAUGUGAAAACAUUGAUAGACAGUCUUGCAUCAAAACUGAAGAAAUGGAAAUAAAAUUGGAAGAUAGUCAGGAUGUACAGGAAAAAUAUAAUAACACUGAUCAACAGCCCGAUUUUAAAUUUGAAGCGAUUGAGGAACAUCAAGAUGGUGAUUCGUCUUCAUACCACUUAGAUAAUGAAGCAGUUGAAAAUGAAGAGAGACAUGCUCUAGAAGGCUUAGGAGAAAUAAAAAGUGAACACAUGCUUAAAUGGGAGUCAGAAUUUAAAGAAAGUUGUAACUUCCAAAUACCCACAAGUGAGAACUGUGAGCCUUCAUUAGAUAAGCAGUUCUACAGAUGUGAUCAAUCAAUAAUACAUAUAGAUUUCUCAGGAGUGAGAACGUACAGGUGUGACAUGUGUAGUUAUGAAUCUAAAUUUAUGAGUUCUCUGAAAAAGCAUCAGUUAAUACACAAAGAUUCUUCAGAAGUCCAAAUGUACAAGUGUGAUACAUGUGGUUUUGAGACUAAGCAUAAGAGUUACCUAAAAGUGCACCAGUUAACACACAAAAACCCUUCGGAAAUCCAAAUGUACAGGUGUGAUAUGUGUGAUCAUAAAGCUAAACGUAAGAGUCAUAUGAAAGCACAUCAGUUAACUCACAAAAAUAUUUCAGAAAUCCAAAUGUACAAGUGUGAAACGUGUAGUUUUGAAACUAAACAUAAGAGUUACCUAAAAGUGCACCAGUUAAAACACAAAAAUCCUUCAGAAAUUACAAUGUAUACGUGUGAUAUAUGCAGUUAUAAAACCAAAUGUAAGAGUAAUGUGAAAAUACACCAGUUAAUGCACAAAGACCCUUCAGAAAUACAAAUGUACAAAUGUGAUAGGUGUAGUUACGAGGCUAAAUUUAAAACUCAAUUGAAAAUGCAUCAGCUGUCACACAAAGAUGCUUCAGAAAUCCAAAUGUUCACAUGUGAUACAUGUAGUUUUGAAACUAAACGUAAGAGUGAUCUAAAUAGGCAUCAAUUAGGGCACAAAAAUAAUUCAGAAAUCCAAAUGUACAAAUGCGAUAGUUGUACCUUCGAAACUAAACAUAAGCGAUAUUUAAAAGCUCAUCAGUUAAAGCACAAAGAGCCUUCGGAGGUCCACAUGUACAGAUGUGAUGCAUGUAAUUAUGAAACUAAACGUAAAAAUCAUUUGAAAAGGCAUCAGUUGUCACACAAAGACCCUUUGUAAAUCAAAUGUACACCGGGAUGUGAAAAAAAUGCAAAAAUAAGAGUUGGAGAAAAUCAUUUAAAUUUUUAAAUACCAAUCAUGCAAAAAUAAUUGAACAUCGUAUUACUGACAUAUGCAUGUAAUAUAAAUUUUUUUUUAAUAGAACAGCAUUAAAUAUUUAGAGGAUUGUCUAUGAGCACAGUGCACUUUUUUCACGUCUCGUAGUGUAACAGAGAUAACGGGGGCUGUUUUUGAAUGAUUCAAGAGCAGACUUGCGUUUAUUUACAACUCACACAUAGUACCUUUUAGCUUGUUACAAUAUUUCUAUCAUUUAUAAU